UUUAUAGGGAUGCCGAGAGAGAUGUGAAUGUUUGGUUUUAUACCAUAAUACGGUCGCCUGCAGUUCAUAGCUGGAAAUGCUGUUGCCAAACCUGCGGCUGCGGACAGCCCGACGGCCGGGUAGUUAUUAAAAAUGGCCGACUACUUCUAAAUUUUAUUGGUUCACAUCUCCGUCGGUGCAUUAUUUUAAAGGUGGCAUUGAUUUGCAAUUUAAAUAAUAAUCGACAUUGUCAAAUAACAUGCCUCGUGUUAAAGCAUCGCCGAAGAAAUGCGUCAAAACGUCGAACUCUCAUCCAGCAGCCAACACUUGGGUGUUUCUCAUGAAAGGCGAUGGUUUGGAAACCACAGAUGGCAGUUCGCCGGAUGUUGUGAAACUCAGACAUCCUGCUUCUAAUCAACCAGCUAUGUUCGUAUUUAGUCCUGGCGACACUACCGUGCAAGAAGUUUUAACUUUUGAUGAGAAUAAAAGGUCAUGGUUCAUAGAUGACAACGUUAAAUCUGACGGAAAGAUGCAUUUAUCAACUCCCAUUGAUCCUAUAUUCCUGGUUUUACCAUAUUUAAGAAAAUCACAGCAAGUAAUGCCCUUGGACCAAAUUCUUCGUGACGAAGAUUAUCCAGGAACAUCUCGCCUGGCGCGAUGUCAAAAUUUAAAACUUUCGCUAAUCGCUGAUCGCAAGGGUGACGAAGAAUUACAAGCUUUCAAGUUUAAUGAAGAUAAAACAAUGGUUUGGCUUCAAAAAAAAGUUGGUCGAGUUGCUGAAAUAUUGAGACAGAAGGGUGUUCACGUUUCGCAAGGAGCUGUCAGUGCUACUUACGUCAAAAGUAGCAAACACGAAGCAGGUUCCGAGAUUGAAUAUCUUAAAUAUGCUCAUGGAAUAGUAUCCGAGUACCUGGCUGAGGACUUGUCAAAAAAAUUGGCUCAAUAUUUGAGUUUACCAGAUGACACGGAAAGCAAAAAACGAAAGUUAAACAGUCCAAAGGAAGGCAGCGAGGAAAAAAAAAUUAAAAAAGAUAUAUCCGAAACAGAGUCUAUCCCAAGAAAUGGAGCUUUAGACUUGACAAAACCUGAGAAGCCCCAUAAACCUCUGGCACUAUCGAAGAAAGAGAUGUCCAGACAAAAGGCGGCAGCUGGUUCAAAGAAUAUUUCAAGCUUCUUUAAAAAGAAAUGAGUUUGGUGAGCCAAUCAAUCAAUGAAUCAAUCAAUCAAUCAAUCGCCCAGUCGGUUUUCCAAAUUUGUAAGAGCACCCUAAAAAUAUUCUGAUAAGUCUCUGCGUUCCUAUCUGUGUUAAACUUUAGACAUGAAUGAGCAAGGGCCUGAACUAAAAUUGAAGUUCAAGUAAUCUAAUUAUAUAUUGUUGAACAAAUACCCCAGAGAGGAAAACCCAACGCAAUUGUUAAUCUAGUAGUGUGUAAUUAAUUAUUAUUGCCACUAUUCAUUCAUAAUUAGUAGUAUCAUUUGACCUCCAUUGUUAACAGUCAUUCGAUAUUCGCGUCAUUUUAAAGUUGCUCAAAAUAUUUCAACGAAAAUUUAUUAAAUUAUUAUUUUCACUUAUUUUUAUUUUUAUUAUUAUUUUUAUUAUUAUUAUUGUUGUUAUUAUUAUUGUUAUUAUUAUAUCAAAACGCGUAAGUAAGAUUUAUAUUUCGUCACACAUUAUAAAACAAUCGGAAUGAAAAAAAAGAUCAAAGGCUUGGGAAAUAUUCAUACAAAGAAAGAGAUACAGUAACCGAAAAGUGAACUCUUGAAAUUUUUGAAAACAUUUAUCCUGUACUGUUAAAGUGUUUAACUUGCACUUAGAAUACGUUAGGCAUAAAACUAGUAUUACGCAUGUUAGGCAAUAAGGAGCUAACAAGCGACACUUAAUUUUCAGGUUUCUCUAAUGUUGGGAAAAAAACCCUGGUGUCUUUCCAUCGCAUGAAUCUUUUUAUAUCUGAUUUACCAAUUUCGGUUGGUUAGCUCCUUCUUGUUUACCACAAUAUUCUUUAUUUUGAAAAGACUGUCCGGUAUAAAAGCAAUAUCAUUUUUUAAUAAGCCAUGGUUUAAAAAAAAAAGAAAACAACAAUGUCUAAAAAACAUAUUACUUUCUCGCUAAUUAUAAUUUUCAAAACCAAAGUUGCAAAAGUCAUGUUAGUGAUUAUUAACAAGUUUUCAGCAAUCUAGAAUACAACAUAAUUUACGAUUAACGCUUAGAUCGAUUUAAAAGCCUAAACGUAUUAGACGCAAAGAGAAUCUAAAUGUAAAUCGAAAUUCAGUGUUAGACUUUUGCCACUUUAGAUUGACGAGUGAUUAAAUUUCAUAAUUUACGUUCCUACCGUCUGUUUAUUCAGUAAACGAUUCGAGUUUUUUUAUCCGUACCUUCAAGUCAGUUUGUCAGAUAUUUUGUCUGAAUGUUUAGACCUCGAAGAUAAGUGUAAUGCUGUUUUCGACUGCACCAUUAUUUUUAUGUAAAUAGAAACCUCCUAAAUAAUUUCAAAACACUACAGCGACAUUUUUUUAUUAUUAUUAUUAUUAUUGAUAACGAAUCGGUUACAUUGACGUCGUACGGAUAUAGAUUGAAUUGUACAAUAUACAAAUAUUUUAUUUCUUAUUUUACAUAUUGCGUCCAAUCGACUUCCGAGUUUUUUCUGAUUCUAAUUGAAGAACUAUUUUGUAUUUGUCGUACUUAAUAAUUAAUGUUACUCUAGUUUACUAUUAGUUUAGAGCUGUCGAUUUUGAUAGUUCUAUGAAAAAUUUUCGAAUUAUGUAUGGUGUGAGUGGAAAAAGAGUGCGUGAGAGAAGAUACGUUUAAGUAUUUGUUUUUGUCCUGUCUGUACGAUGAAAUAUUAUGUCAAUAUUGUAGGUGUAAUAUAAUAUACAUUGAGAAAUCAA